AUGGCUGCGUCCGCACUUUUGAAAAGCCGUGUGAGACGGCCCUCCUACCUCCAGAAGUUGGCGAAGGCUGAAGAUCUCAUCGAUCUCUUUCCCCAUGGAUCAUACAUCGGCUGGUCCGGAUUCACGGGUGUUGGCUACCCCAAGAAAGUGCCUACCGCGCUCGCUGAUCAUGUCGAGAAGAACAACCUGCAGGGAAAGCUACAGUACACCUUGUUCGUUGGUGCCUCCUCAGGUGCCGAGACAGAGAACCGAUGGGCGCGACUGAAUAUGAUUGAGCGGCGGAGCCCUCAUCAGGUUGGUAAGGAGAUUGCCAAGGGGAUCAAUAACGGUCAGAUCAAGUUCUUCGAUAAGCAUCUGAGCAUGUUUCCUUCGGACCUUGUCUAUGGCUGGUACACGUUGAACAAGCCCAAGAACAGGAUCGACGUUGCUGUGAUUGAGGCGUCGGCCAUCACUGAGGAUGGAGGCAUCAUUCCCGGUGCUUCCGUCGGUGCGUCCCCAGAACUGAUCCAGAUGGCCGACAAGGUCGUCAUCGAGGUCAACACGGCCAGUCCGUCGUUCGAGGGUCUGCACGAUAUCACCAUGUCGGAAGUUCCUCCGCGCCGGAAGCCGUACCUGAUCAUGCAGCCCGAGGACCGCAUUGGAACCCCCCACAUCCCCGUCGACCCGGAGAAGGUCGUCGCCAUUGUCGAGUCCGACUACCCGGACCAGACGCUGCCCAACGCGCCCGAGGAUGCAACCUCGCAGGCCAUUGCCGGCAACCUGAUCGAGUUCCUGAAGCACGAGGUCAGGCACGGCCGUCUGCCCCAGAACCUGCUCCCCAUCCAGUCCGGUAUUGGAAACAUCGCCAACGCGGUCAUUGGCGGCCUGAGCAAGGGCGGUGCGGACUUCACCAACCUCAAGGUCUGGACUGAGGUGUUGCAGGAUUCCUUCCUGGAUCUCUUCGACAGUGGGAACUUGGACUUUGCCACUGCCACCUCCAUCCGGUUCUCCCCCGAUGGAUUCAAGCGGUUCUACGAUAACUGGGAACGCUAUGCGGGCAAGCUUCUGCUGCGUUCUCAGCAGGUUUCCAACUCGCCCGAGAUCAUCCGCCGUAUUGGAUGUAUCGGCAUGAACACUCCCGUCGAGGUGGAUAUCUACGCUCAUGCCAACAGCACCUGUGUCAUGGGCUCUCGGAUGCUCAAUGGUCUAGGAGGAUCUGCCGACUUCCUGCGCAACUCCAAGUACAGCAUCAUGCACACCCCCAGUACCCGUCCCAGCAAGAUCGAUCCUACCGGUGUCAGCUGCAUAGUGCCUUUCUGCACUCACAUUGACCAGACUGAGCACGAUCUUGACGUCGUUGUGACUGAACAGGGUCUUGCCGACGUGCGUGGUCUGUCUCCUCGCGAACGUGCUCGCGUCAUCAUCAAGCAGUGCGCCCACCCCGACUACCAGCCCAUCCUUACGGACUACUUGGACCGGGCUGAAUACGAGUGCCUGAAGAAGGGCAUGGGUCACGAGCCCCAUCUGCUCUUCCAGGCCUUCAAGAUGCACCAGAACCUGCAGGAGAAGGGAACCAUGAAGAUCGCUGGCUGGGACUAG